AUGUCAAUUAAAACAAAUCAUCCACAGAUUAUCCUAUAUUGGAUGGAAUUGAUCCUUGGUAUAAUUUGUAUUGCAUUAGCUGGAAGAGGUUAUCAUGAAAUAGGAUUUCAAUAUUUAAUUGGAAUUGGAACAUUUUCAGCUAUUGGAAAUAUUGUCUUUUUAUUAAUGUAUGGUUUUGCUACAACAAGACCAUUGGAUGGUCGAUCAAUAUUAAAAUUAAUUGAAACUAUUUAUCAGUUGAUUGUCACAUUACUUUAUUGUAUCUCAAUUGGUGUAACAUUUAAUCAAAUAGAUUAUUUACAAUAUUUUAUUGGACCAAUUACAAUAUUUACAUCAGCUAAUUUUGGAGCUUAUAUAUUUGGUAGUAUGGUUGCAAUCACUGAAUUACUUUGUAAACAUCCAGAUAUCAAUACUACUAAUAACACUACUACUAUUAAUAAUAAUAACACUACUAAUACUACUAUGAAUACAAAUUCGAACCCUAAUCCAUCUCAACCUGUUAAUCAAUUGAAUCAAAGUAAAUAA